AUGAUGAGCCGGCAUGCUCUGUUCUUUCUACUCCUGCUGCUCUUCUAUGUGUUUUAUUUAAUCUUCGGGGCUUUUGUGUUCUCUGCCUUGGAGCAGCCCUACGAGGACCAUCUCAGGUGGAAGGUAGAGUCCAUGUGGUCUAAGUUCCUAUCUGAUCACCCGUGUAUGUCAGAGGAGAUGCUGCAGGACUUCUUGCGCAAGGCUCUGUUGGUCAAGAGCUUCGGAGUGUCUGCCAUGCGUAAUAUCUCUGGUUACGAGAUCAAAUGGGAUUUCGUGUCUUCUCUCUUCUUUGCUGGAACCACCCUCACCACCAUUGGCUAUGGACAUCCUUUUCCGAUAUCGGUGGGUGGAAAGGUAUUUUGCUUGCUCUACUCCAUCAUUGGGAUACCACUCACAUUGUCCGUACUUUCUAUUACUGCCCGGAACAUGCUUAUUUUGCUGCGGGAUAAACCAAUCCAUAGCUUCCAACUUCAUUUGAGUGUCUCCAAGAAAAAGCUUGAGUGGCUCCAUGCUAGUGUUUUAAUUGUCAUCAUUUCUUUCCUCUUCUUUUUCAUUCCUGCGAUCGUCUUUGAUGCUAUUGAGGGAAAUUGGGGCUAUCUGGAUGCCUUGUAUUUCUGCUUUAUCUCUUUAACUACUGUCGGACUGGGAGAUUAUGUUCCCGGUGAACAGAGUGGACAAAAGAUGCCAGCUCUUUACAAGCUGUUGGUUACCUGUUACUUAAUACUAGGACUGGUUGCAGUGCUUCUUGUGGUAGAAAUGUUGAAGAGCCUUCUAAACUGCAACCACUUCUUUGGUCUGUUCGUCCUUGGAUGUGAUGAGAUGAGGAGAGAUGAGGAAGCUGACCAUUUUCUAAGCAAUGACUUAGAUGGAUCAUUUGUACAGAAACAUGACGAGACAACCAGAAGAAGGGUCCCGCACUCCUUGUCUCCUUCAGCAGAAAAAAACUAUGGGUCAAUAAACACAUCGUUAACGUGA